GAUAAGUAUAAUCGUAGAUAUACUGUGUUGCGAGGGUAACGGCAGCCACCGUACUUAGCAACGGGUUGAUAAAUUUUCGAUAAGCGUACUAUCACCGCAUGUUUAGGAAUUCGGGGGCUCGCUGCAACGCGGUCAGGGUUCCGAAAAUGUUGACCGGCCGGAGACAACGAGCGACUACCGGACCCAGCAGCAAUAGUCUAACGCGAGCACUUGAAAAGCGGCAGUCACAUUACUCGCCCGACCGUUACGUGUCACUUUGAACUUCGCGUGAAUUAAACCUAAGUGCAACUUGUGAUAAACGAGGGAAACCACGCUGGGAUGACUAGGGGUGUAAAAGCGGACGAAUAAACUGAGAAGAUUUCAAGGGAAAUAACCGUGCUAUCAAGUUUACCCUCCAACUAAACCUUCGAUCCCUUGACCACUCUCUGGCAUUUUCGUACCGGUUCCCGGUACAUGGAUCAGCGGACCAUCCCGUUGUGCUCGGAGCGGCACAACAAUUCUGGUGGCAGCGGUGGGAUUGUGAUUCGCCAUUCUGGGAGUCCACGAUUGUGAAGCCAACCCACGACAAGAAGGUCUGGUAAAAACAUAACGGGUGAAACGGCGUAAGGCAUCCCGAAGAGGAACAGCAAGGCCAGGUCCAGGACAUCGAAACCCGAUAGCCGUCAGAGAAACGGACAACAACACCGGAGCAGUGGUAACAGCGAUAACAGCGAAAGCAGCGUCAGCAGUGAUAGCAGAGCGACACCCGACAGAGAGUCAACGACAUCGGAGAACGUCCACGACACUCGGGCAGUGACCGCCAGCAGCCAGCGACACUGAAGCCAACGCGAACCUACCACAACAUGCAGUCGGAAAUGCAACAAGCGAGAGGAAUCACGCGACUAGUUAUCGUACUGUUACUCGCCAGUUACUGUGUGGCAAAAUUGGAAUCCAUCCUCGAUAACGUCCUGCAGUUUGAAAACGAGCCAGGAAUAUACUACGAGAAGAUAGGACAGCUACGGCAGACAGAGGGUACUUGGAAGUUAGUCUUCCGUAUUGAUGUUGCAUCACUGGACAUCCGACACGGACAUCUGAAAUACUGGCUGAGUUCGGCGGCGGUGUUAUGCAAGUAUUUGGAAACGGGCCCCCCUCAGAAAUUGUGUCUAAACACUACGCGAAUUUUCAUACGUAAAAACGAGAAAUUAACGCAGUUAUUAACACGCCUACAGACAUUGUACAGAAUAACGGAAAAUAAACACGAAUUAGUAAAUAUAGUAGAUACAACAGACAAAACGUUAUUUGGCACUGUGGAUGCUGACGACAAGCAACGGAUCAACGAACAACAAAAGCUAAUUGAACAAGAGCAGCUGAAGGAAGCUCAGCAACAUGCAAUGAGGCACCAGAUAAGAAUUAUUAACGGCACGAUUGGCCACAUGGGACUAUCGAAACAUGCAAGAAUCAACGAGGAAUUGAUAAUAAAUAAUUCUGAGACAAUAGAAAAUAAGCUGACAAAAAUAGUCCAGGAGGAUGUAAUAAACGUACACUUCGCAACGAUAAACGCAGCUAUUUCUGACUUGACAAACUGCGCCAAAGACGCUUUAGAAUACCUGUCCCACUCACGAGUCGGCGUUGUACUAAGUUAUCUGAUACCUCUCGAAAAUAUUAUAGCAGAGCUAAAGGAAGCAGCCGGAUAUCAGUCAGGAGGACUACAUUUCCCCUUCAAAGUACAAAUUGAACAAUGGAACACCAUCCAGAAAUAUCUAAAAAUAAGCGCCUAUUACGAUGCUCCCUACGUCUACUCCAUCCUCACCUUUCCUUUAGUUGCCUAUCCAGUGUACGAACUAUUGAAGAUUACACCCCUACCAAUACAUAGCCACGCGAACGUAUUUACGCUUUUGAAAACAACGCAUACCUUCUUAGCAAUACACAAAGAAAAUAAUCACUACACACCGUUGAGCGAGCACGACCUGAACAGAUGUAUACGCGAUAAUACAAAUUUUGUCUGCGACCAAGAGCAUCCGAUAUAUUACAUAAACGAGAACGCACCCUGCGAGAUGCAGGUCUACAUUCACUCGGCGAAAGGCGUGAAUGCGUGCGAAAAACGUCAGCUUUUAUCUAAUGUGACACUGUGGAUAGCAAUAACCGAGCCACAAGCGUGGCUAUAUUCGACUCCUACGCCAGUAAAAAUAACUAUCGAAUGUAACAACCGACAGAGUAAAGUAAUUGAAAUUAAACGUACGGGAAAGGUAAGAGUAAAUGAAACCUGUAAGAUAACGACACCUAGCAUGAUGCUGAAAACAAAACAACUAUCCGAAAUUAAAACCAUUCAGAUGUACAUUCCCAAAUACAAUCUUACAUUUCCUAACAAAACCAACGGAAAAAUCAGCAACACAAGAAAUUCUUUAAAAGAAGAACUAUUCAUUACUGACCUGAAGGAGCUAACUCGGCUAAGUGUGAGCCUAGACGAGGUAAAUCGGGAUUUAACGGAAUACCAACACAGCGUAUUUGCCACCAAUGAUAUUCUACUUUUAAUAUGCCUCGGCAUCGUAUUCAUAGUAAUUACCAUAGUAAUAUUAAUUACCAUACGAGUAGUAACAAAGAGAAGAAAGGUACAACUCCCAUUAGCCAAAGAUGAUACGAUCGGAGACAACGAGCGACGCUCGAGUCCAGCAACAACCUGAGCAGCCUAAAGCCCGUAUCAGACUACAGACUGAGAUUGAGAUUAGAUUGAAAAUUG